AUGUCGUUUGGUUCAAAGGAGCUCUUCCCUAAACACGCCUUCACGAUGUGGGUAACCAACUAUGACAGGCUGCCCACAAGAACUAGGCUUCAAGCCUGGGGUUUACCGGUCCCAACGACGUGCCCCCUCUGCAAUACCCAUGAUGAAACUCGCGACCACCUCUUCCUGUCCUGCUGUUACAGCGAUCAAGUUUGGGCUAGUGUGUUUGCAAGAUGCAACCCUCCAGCGCAGAGAUUUGCAGUUUGGUCAAAACUCUUAUCUUGGAUUCGAUCGGCGCACUCAAGGCGGAUGCGGCUGCUCAGAAAGCUAGUCUCUCAGGCGGUUGUCUUCCACCUAUGGAAACAGAGGAACAACCUCAUUCACAAUAGUGAGGCACUACCUGCUGCUACGGUCUUCAGGUUUAUUGAUAAGGAAGUGAAGAACAUCAUUUGA